UUUUGAUAAAGAAGAAGCGGCACAAAACGGAAAACAAUAAUGCAGGCAAGGCGUCGUUUUUCUUUUGAUUGGAAAACCACGAAGUAAAGCCGGAGUAGAAAGCGUGCAACGUGUAAAAGUGGAGCACAUGCAGCUGGUCUUAUCAGCUCCAUAAAUACAUAGAAAAAUGACCGCAACUUUUGCAGGCUCAAAGUUCUCCAAACAUGUUUUAGUGGACGAAGAAGAAGGGGAGGAGGACGAGGAGGAGGAUGAUUCCGCCGAGUCCGGUUCCACGUCGUCGUUCAGUUUGCAAGAGUGCAUCGACGAGUUCAGGGCACGCCGUAUCCGCAGGGUCUCUACGCAAAGUCGUGACUGCGAGACCAACAACAAUAACAACAACAUGCCGAGGCAAAUGCCUCGUAUCCGCAGAACCACGGAUGCGGACCUAAUCAACCAGAAUAGGUGCAACAAGGAACAGGAGCGAAAGGGGAAACCCUGCAAGAAUGGUUUCUGUUACUGCUUCACCAGCGACAGCGGUGAUUGUGGCUCCGCAGUGGCGCCACGUGACCAGCACGUGCGAUUACCACGGCGCAGCAGGCGAUCCGAGAACUCAAAGCCCGUAAAGCAGAACAAUCUGGGCAGCCACCGGCAGCAGGCGGACAAACGUCGUCAAAGCGAGCCGGCCAACAUAAAAUCAAGCUUCAAAACUCCUUUAACAGCAGUCAGUCGGUUGAGAGCCGUUGGCGGCGAUGAUGAGCCGCUUAUCCACAUCAUCCAGGAGCUUCACGAAAACUGUGUGGUGUCCGAAGUUCGCGUUAACCGUCAAAAACUGUCAGCUACAGGCUCCAUCUGCCGUCAUAAAAACUCCCAAACCAUGAGAGAAAGUACCAAAACGCAAUCGUACGAACCCAUAGCCUACAAGCCCUCAGCUCCGGUUUUGUCAAACAUCAGCGAGCAGGAAUCAGCUGUGGAGGAGGAGCAGGAAAAGGAAGUGAUGGCCGCAGAGCCCUCGUGUCGUAUGAGCUCCCGCUCCCGGCGGAGUUCUGGAGCUGGUGGACGCCUGCUGCAAAAACGACUCUCGCAAGGUCAAGUCAGCUUCAAGGCACGCGAUUCACAGCUUCCGCCACCAAAACCACCUCGUCGGAGCUCUCAAAGUCUGGAUGGCAAGCAAUCGCAAACAUCGCUCACCUCCACGAAUCCUUCGGUACGGGAGGCGGAGCGAGUGCUUGACGAAUUUCUGCGCAAACGUGGCGUCCAGGUGCCCAUUAGAGAGUCUUCACGCAAAAAAGACAGUCAGCGAAGAUCCUUUCCCAUGGCUGAGGUGGAGAAACCCAGGAGCCAGAAACAUCUACCAACUUGCCCCUCCCUUAGCGACAUUGAGCGCGUCGUAGAGUCCAAGAAGGGCUCAAACUACGCCCGAAAUAUUCGGCAGGAAAGCACUCGGAAAAGUGUGCCCAACAAGGAGAUCAUUCUUGGCUGGACAGAGCCAAAGAUAAGUGAUAUGCUUAACUACAAAGAAAAGACGGGCGAGUUUAGGACCACAGCUGAACCGCAAGUGGCCAUUGGAUGGCAACUGCCGAAAGCACAGCCUCAACCUGUAGUGCCAAAAGUUUCAUUGGACACCGUGGACGGAAGUAUGAGCGAGAACCUUGUAUCCAAUAUGGUGCACAAGGACACGCCCAUAAAGUAUCCAAGUCGAAUUAAUACAUCAGGCGGCCAGGCCAGUCAGAAGUUCAUCUGGGGCGAGCAGUGGCGAAAUCUGUCCCCCUGGAAGGGUAACAAAUCAAAAGCCCUUGGCAAAAAGUCCAAGAACUUUCUGAAUAACUCCAAAAAGAAGAUCCUACGCUUCGUAUCUCCCAAGAAGUCGAAUCAACAGGAGAAUCCGAGGGAGGAUCAGAUCAGACCCGCACCCAAACAAUGCACUAUUGGAGUGCAGACUUCUACUUCGCAGCUGGAUCUGCAUUCACAUUCUCCGCCCGGCAGCUACCACUCACCAAUUCAGACCACGCCCUCUGGAACGACCACAUCUACACGGCAACAGUUGGACCCAGAGCAGCCCUACUUUGAUUUCGAACGGAAGGUAGAGACUCCAACGCCGCCGAAGAAGUUGCCUCGUGUUAACAGAGCUCGCAAGCUGGAUUUUCAAACUGAAGCAGCGCCCACCACAUAUCGUUCUUAUCACAAGGACCUUGAUCAGGACGUGACCAUCACCAAGAUGGGAUAUUUGCUGAGCAGCAUCCGAGCAAAGUUAGAGGCAAGUGAUGAGCGAGCAAUGAGAACAUUCCGGGACUGUUCCCGCUUCGAUCCCCUUGAACGAAGUCACCCUCAAACGGAAAGUUUCGACUGCACAGAUGGGCACAGCAGCCUGGUUACUACUUCGGUAGCCACAACACGGAUACAGCGUGAUCUCGACAGCGAACCUAUUUACUCGGAGAUCGAAGAGGAUUGCUUGCGGGUUAGAGGCAGUCCCCAUCACGAGGUUAAGACCGCAGCGCAGAUAAAAAACCGUACUCCGACUCCAACUGAGAGCUCUACGGCAUAUGUUGGUGGGUCCAUGCUAGAUCCGUACCCCUCGCCCGCUGAUCUCAGUGUCAUGUAUGCCAAAGUGCAAAAGACACCGAAGAACUCGCCACAAAUAAAGCCACUGAUUGUGCAGCCGCAGGUUAAUUUGGAGGAUAUUCCACCGCAGAUAACCCCUGAAGUUAUUCAGCAGUCUGUUACGCCUCCUGUUAUCCAACCUCAGGUCAUUGAUUUGGAUAAAGAAACUAGAAAAUCUAUUCAGGUAGCAUCGAUUCAACCACAUUUGCCUCCACCCAAUCAACCAGUGGCAUUGGGGCACUUUCUUCAUGAAUCCCUGAAGAGCGGAAACUUUUUCAAGUUCAUGCCUUUGCCAGAGGAACCGAGUGGUCCCAACGAGCAAUCCUGUUCGACCAGUCAAACUACUGAGUCCUCUGUGAUCAGACAGCCAAAACUGAAGUCGUCACCACCACUUAUCCAUCACUCCUUGAACAAUAUCAGCGAGCAGCAUUCACCCCCUAAGAAAAACCGAAAUCUCUCUCGGUCGGAACUCUCUCUGCAGCGCAGCGAAAUCUUCCUGGACAACCUGUGUCGUAGUGAGUUGGUACUGGAUCGCCUGGAAAAGGUGCCAAAUGAUUCCGUUUCGUAUGACAUGCCAAACGAGGGCGCCGAGGAGAUGUACGCGGAUUACAGCUUAGGUGAAGCGGGCAGUGUGGGUAGCUCUUUUGUGACCAAUGAUUAUGGCUCCGGAAAAAUUGAGCCGGAGCCAGCUAACCAAAGCACUCCGAAAAAGAAGCAGAUACAGCGGUUUACAACCAAGCCAUCGCGAAAUCUAACCAUUGAUGUAAACGAUGGCCCAGCCACUUCGUUGCGCCAAUAUGGACAGAAUCUUAGCUUCAGCUGCCCCACAACUCCUCAGCAGGCAGAGGCGUUGGGGUUGGUAAAACCUUCUGGCUUACACAACAGCAGCAGUUUGGGUGAACUAAUGCAGACGGUUCCUAUUCCCAGUGAAAGUCACCUGAUGUCUGUUAGCACUCUGGCUCGCUACCGCCUGCUGAAGAAUGUCCUUCGUCGAUCGUAUCGUAAGGGAAAGGACUUCCUCCUGGCGGAGAAGCAGAGGCUGACUCAGAGCCUCAAUCUUUCGAGAGAUCAGUCCAAUCAAACUGAAGGGGAGCUGGACAGCAGUACAUACUAUGCUAGCUUUAACCUGGAUUCCCUCAUGAAUGAGUCCUUAACCACCAAUGACCAGCUGGCUCAGGCUGUGAGUAUAUGUCGCCAGAUGCCGGAACUGGAGAUCUCUGCAGAGAUGGUGGAAGCAGAGAGACUGCUGCUGUUCUCCACCCUGCGAAAGUCAGCUCCUUUUGGAUGCCAACUAAACAAUCAAGCUUUGGCUGCAAGGAGGCAGUCCCAGUGCCUUCUGAUCGAUGCCAUGGAACUGCCAGUAAAGGCAGACGUCAACCAGGAUAUGUUCUUUAACUACCACUACAUCUGCACCUUUGAGUGCGGUGGACGCGUUCGGUCCACUCAAUCGGUGGAGUGCCAGAAUGGCUCCGCCUUCUUCCGGGACUGUGGUUUGGAGUUCUAUAGCGACGAAAAGGCGGAAUCGUUGGAGUUGCGCUGCCAGAUCUUUAUGCUGCGGCUACGCAAGGUAUCCACACUGGCUUUGGAGCCUGCCAAAUCACUGCGACGUGGCAGUGGGAAUUUAGGAUCAGCCAACUCGAGCUGCUCAGCGGGAUCUGGGGCUGAACAGAUCACCUCUCGUUUUCGCCUGCAUGCUUCUUUUAAAUUGCGAGCCAUGGACUUGGCACCUUUUCAACUGGUGGCCACUGAAUCGAGAUCCAGCGAUAAAAUCUGCCUGCGCAGCUCGCGAUCCUGGCAGAUGCCCUUAAGUACGCACACAAAAUCCACGAAUCUAGGACCGGCGAUAUCCAUUAUAGGGAGAGUGGAUUUACGGUUGCCCAAGUCUCGUUUCUCCGGCUAUUUAAACGUUCAGGAUCCAAAUAGCAAACACCACUGGAAUAGAAGAUGGUGCAGCCUGGAUGGCGUACGGUUAUCCGUAUGGCAGCAUGAAGAUAAUCUGGGUGAUGGUUCACCCCUUUUUACGCUGGAACUGCCAGGAUGCGGACAGUCCUUGGUAGAUGCAGCCCCACGUGAACUGUGUGCCCGGACCAGAAGCUUUUUGCUUCAGGGAAAAGAGUCUGAUUACGAAUCGGGAGUCUUCUUUGCGGCUGAUACUCAAUCGGAGCUCUUGGAAUGGCUUUCGCACUUAAAUAAGGCUCUGGACUUUGCCAGGCACUGGCUGAGUUCCUCCUGACAGCAGCUGCAUUCCCAACAAGUUUUUAUUUUUAUAUGUGUUCAAGUUUUCUAUUUAUAUUUGAUAAUAUUUAAGUUGUGUCCAAACAUUUCCAGAAUUUGUAAGCUAGAGUGUUUGCCAUGCAAACUUGCCAUUCGGAUCAACUCAAGUUUAAGAAUAGCUAGAUGUACCCGUUUUUUGCUUAGGUUUAAGUUCAAUUUGUGAGAAUUAACAUUCCUUGCCUUCGGGCUAAAUAGUCAUUGGAUCUGAACCAUCUAACCCCCGUGUUCUGUGGGCUUGCCGUUCACGUCACAACAACAACAGUUUAUUACAUACAUAAUUUACAUUGGCUACGAUACGUUGAUAAGAUACAGAUACGAUUAUAUAUUUGAUAUAGGUUACAAUAUGAUACACAAGUAUGUUUAUAUGCGCUGGUUGCCCCCGGUUAUCUGCGGAAUCGGUUAUCCAUGCUCACGUCCCCACAUCCUCACAUUCGUGCCUAGUUAGUGCCUACGCAUAGCUAUUACAUUUAAGUAUAUGUACUAUUUAAGCUGCUUUGUAAUUUCGUUUUCGUUUUCGUUUGCUCAUUACAGUGCAAAACAUAA